AGGGCAUUGACACUGAGCUCCACAUGUCUAUGUUUUAGGUUCAGCCUCAACAGAUGGCGCUACCUGUAUUUGUUUUGGUACAACACACGCCGCAGCUGUUCGCUAUCACAGAAAUCCGUGAGAGAAAAGGAGUGGUGAUUAGGCCUGUCUUUGCUUAAAAAUUACGUUUUUUCUAUGAUUCAUUAACAUUUUGUGACUUGUGACGGUUAUAUGUGCAAGCUAAAGUGGUUCUACAUGUGAUAUAUUGUUGGCAGUUGUGAAUAACAUCGCUAAAUAGUGUAAUUAACGAUGUAAACGUUGGUUAUGACGUUUACUACGGUGUAUUUGUGUGUGUGUGCGUGAGUGACAGCAUUGCCGACGACCGUUGAAGCGAAUCUUGUAACGGAAUAGCUACCUAUUGGAUGUGAAUGCUGUUUUCGAUGUGUGCAGUCGGAGCUUCGUUUAGUUCUAACUGCGGCGGCGGCUGCGCAAAGGCAAAUUAAACUGUGAAAAAGAUCAGACGGGCACGAUGGCGGCGGAGAUUGCGCGCCAAACCCCGCGUCACCAACAGCGCCAUCUGUCAACGGCCGGCAGUAACCACUUCCGCAGUUUGAAUCAUUCGGACCGUUCGAAAUAGUCAUUUGUGAUUUAACUGUGACAGUGCCCAGUGUGGUGUCGUAAUGUGAUAUAAUAGUAAUUGUGAGUGUUUGUGUUGUGUUUGUGUGUUACGAUGUCUGAGGAGAGGUCGCGGCGGCUGUCGCAGAUCUUCGACCCGCUGGCCCGGUUCACGGACCACAGCGGGGCUGGCCAUUCCGCCAGUACCCCGAACAGUCCCAGGCUGUUGCCGAGGAGGUCGCGGGAUCCGCCGCCUCCGCCACCUAGGCCCAUCGCUCACUCAUCCCGCCUGGACCCCUUGGAGUAUGAGCUGGCGGCCGAGGUGGGCUCCAUCAACUGGCAGGAGCGCUGCCUGGAGCUGCAGCUCGAGCUGCACCGCAGCCGGCAUCAGGCUACCAGAGUACGCGACAUGCUCAGAGAUAAGCUCUCGGAGCUCGAGCAGCGAGUCCUGGAAGCCGAGGGCCGGGCAGAGGAAGCGGAAGACAAG